CAAUUAGGCUUUUUUUUCUAGAAGAAAAGGAUAACACAAAAUUAUUCCAAAAAUAUAUUGAGAUUUGCAGUGUGAUUUUCACAAUAAUAAUCUACAUUUUAAAGCCAUUCAUAAAUAGGUUACUGCACAUGAUCUCUUCAAGGAAUUUGCCAUUUCCUCUGAAUUCUCAAUUUAUGGUUUCUUUUCUUUUCCUAAAACGAACUUUUGAGUAAUGUCAUAUAUGUAACGUGUGAAAACAUCGCUUCUUCACACAAAGAGAGCUCUUUUUGCAACUUCCCAUUUCAUAUUUCGCAGGACAAAAGGGGGUCUUGCUGGAUAUAACGAUGUAUCUCACAGCGGUGGUCUUGAUUGUGAUCGUGACGGGAAUUGCCAAAGGUUGGCAAUGCAGAGCAGGGUGCAACACAUAUAAUGGGUUUUGUGAGAAGCCAGGGAAGUGCAGGUGCAAACCAGGAUGGGAAGGAGAGAAUUGUGACCAGUGCCUGCCCUUCCCCGGCUGUCUGCACGGCACAUGUGAGAAGGCAUGGCAAUGUGUCUGCGAGGAAGGUUGGGUGGGCAGCCUUUGUAACCGAGAUCCUCGCCUUUGCUCAUCCGGGCCUUGUGUUGGUAAUGCCACCUGCAUAGAGACAGGGGAGGGGGGAUACCUGUGCAUCUGUCCCCAUGGCUAUGAUGGUGAACACUGCCUACCGAUGAGAGGAUUGUGUCUCAUAAACAGCUCUCCUUGUCAGAACGGAGGCACAUGUAUGGAUAUCGAUGGCUUAGCAGGUUACCCUUCCUGUGUAUGUCCCCCUGGGUCAUCUGGAGACUUCUGUGAGAUCAGCAUUGACAGCUGCCAGCCUAAUCCCUGCCACAACGGUGGCAACUGUACGAACCACGGCCUGGCCUUCACAUGUGUCUGUCCGCUCGGCUUCACUGGUUUCACUUGUAAUGACACCAGCGUCUCGCCCUGCACCGGCAGGCCCUGUGCCGACAGGGGCAUGUGUGUUGGUCAGCCUGAUGGAACCUUCCAGUGCGUUUGCCAGAAAUGGUUUACAGGUCCCACAUGCUCCCUGCAGCACAGACCGAAGGCCAGGUCCAAGCCGGUCGGUGCCAAGCCGGUGGACCACAGAGUGUUUGCACUGACACCGCAGCACUAUUCCCUCCCUGCUCACACCUUCCAUAAGCUUCUCAGACCGCCCGAGAGAGACCUGCUCAAGAUCACCCUAAAGGAGACAGUCCACUCCCCCGGCGUCCUCAUCACCCACGGCCAACUCAUCUGCUUCGGCAUGCUGGCCCUGCUCACCUGCGUGGUUAUAUUGUGCACUACAGGCAUUGUGUUUUUUGGCCGCUGUGAGACGUGGCUGGCUAAUGCCAAGUACAGCCAGCUUGUUCGUCAGCAGAGGGAACACCUGCUGAGAGAAGCCGGCAGCUCGAGCCAGGAGGAGCAGGAGCACUCGGUUCACGUCAUCCUGCCGGAGAAGAUUAGACUCACCAGCUUUGGGAGACACUACACCUCCAUCUGAUUAAAUCACCUCUGCCUCUUCCGCUAUCCCUCUGGAAGGAGUUUAAUAUUAAAUGUUGAAAAAUAGUUACGAAGAAAAUACUAUGACUGUUGUACAGUUGUGUUGUUAAAGUGAGAGAUACUGGACUAAACUGGAAUAUAUUGGAAUGUAUAAUCUAAUGGACUAACCAUGACACUGGAUUGUACACUUUUAACUUAUAUCGUACUGUUGAGAACUACCCAUUUAAAACGUAUGAAAUUAUAAAAGAUGUACUACUUUGAUGGUUGGUAAAAAUAUGUCAUUGUAGUGUAUUUUUGAUUUCGCAGUCAUGAUUCAACUGCUUUGUAACAUGUUGAUUUGCAAUACAAUAAUGAGUUGAAUAAUAAAAAAAAGGGAGAAAUUAAGUUGAUUUUUUAAAAAAGCACAUGUAACCUAGACUACUUUUCUUUCAGUAAUUGUAAUUAAUCUAAGUAAUCAUACUAGUGAUUUUUGAUUUGUUAAAAGGUGCAUUUUAAGAGAGUGGGAGCUUUUCCAUUGCCUCUCACGGUUCUCAACAUUGCGAUGGCUGAGCCGGCAGCUCAUUGCUAAUGGUGCUAACAGUGCUAACAGUGCAAACUGCUGCAAAAGUGCUGAUAGAUCUAACAGUGUUUACCUGGGGGGGAACUGGAGAUUGAGUGCUAUGCUUUCGUGAUGAUGCAGUCGGUAGGGACCGCGUCAUCAGCUGUAACUGCUGUAUGAGAGCAGUGCAAAGCGAAGGCCGUGAGCUAACAAGUAGGGCACGCUCACAUGCACAAACGUGCACCAGAAGCAAUGACAAAGCAAUGACAAACUCAGAUUACAACACACACAGAGGGAGAGUGACUUCAUUCUCUGCUCAGGUAGACAUUAUUCCACUAUAUCUUUACAUAGCAAAUAGUUGUUUAAUGCUAUAUUAAUGCUCUGUAUCCCGUAAAUUGCACCGUUAACCAAUUGUUCUUAGUUUUUAUAACCAUGACUCAAACUGAAACGAUUAAUCGACUAGUUCAUCGACAAAAAAUGUAAAAUAUAUUUAUUGCGUUAAUCACUUUAGUCAACGUUACCUGGUGUCUGCUUCUCAAAUGUGAUGAUUUAAUGCAUUGAUGUGUCUUAUUUUAUAGUAAACUGAAUAUCUUAGGGGUUUGGAAUAGCUUUCAAUAGCUGUGGGAUAUUUCAACCGGCAGUUUUCACUAUUUUCUGAUGAGAAAAUAAUCAGGAGAAUUAAUAAACAAUGAAAGUAAUUGUUAGUUGACAUCUCCAUCCAACGCAAUGUGAAUUUUCCAUUUCAUAAUUAAUGUAAAAGUACAUAUUAGCAGUUAGUAUAGUUUGUACACUAUGUGCAGUUCAAAUGUGUAAUUUGAUAUUACUACAUGCCACCCAAACAGUUGUACUUUCAAAUUUUUCAAAGCUCUUUUCAUGUCAAGGUAAUUUGUACAAGUAUGUACCUGGAGAGGCAAUAUCACCUCCUAAAUACCAUCCAAAUGUCUCUCUCUGCAAAUGUAUCACUUAAGAUGUUGGUGUAUUUACGUGGAUGUUAAGACAGGUUUCUUUCACAGUUCAUCAACAGAAAUGCCACUUUCUAUUUUCCAUCAUCCAUUUGUAUCCAUGGCAUGAAUCCUCACCUAUUGUCUCAAUCGCAUAUACUCAUUUACAGUGUUUCAGUGUUACCGUUAAUGUUGGAAUUCUAUAGGUCAUGCACCAUACAUCUCCCAGCCCAGGAAUCAAUACUGCAACAUCUGUUACCAAUGUUAUUGGUUUGUCUUAUCAUGUGUGAUAUGAUGAGACACCUACUCCUGAUUGAGGGAAGAAGUGGUUUCAUAAAUGCUGAAUGUAUGGGAAACAUGUCUGUCACCCAGUAAAGAUAGUGUGGAGCAUUAUUUAAUGUAACAUAUUUAAAUUAAUUUGCUGAUAUGAGAAUUAGAGUGAUUUUAAAGUGGGAGAUUUUUUUCUCUUGAGUCUCACAAUCAUAUGCCCCAAUUUAGCUCCCCUUUAUCCUGUGAGGAGAUGCUGUUAAUGUGGUGGGUUUUGUCGAUCACAAUUCUUCUCUAAAUGUGGCAUUUCUACAAGGGGUAGUGACUGUAACAGUGUAGUACUUAUCAAUAUUUAUUCCAAUCUGAGAUUAUUUGCUGUUGGGCUUUGGCCAGAUAGUGUUUGUUUUCUGUUCAUUGUUUUUAAUAAAUACGGUAUGUAUAAAACCGC